UUGAUUGAUUGACAGUUUCGUAUGGACUCUUGGUACUACGAGUAGUAGUUCGGAUAAAACUUCAGUUUGUUCCCGUUGAUGCUUCCAUCCGCUCGUCUUUGCUGUGUCUUCGCAUCAAGUGCUUGAUUGUGAUUCGUAAAGGGAUCAUGGCGAACACGCUGGAUGCGAAAAAGUUGGUGGAGGAUUUUGGGAAGGUGCUAGCUGAGGAUGGCACCAUUAAUCUGGAUGUGUAUGUGGAGGCGUAUGACUACUUGGGUCAAUUGUUCAACCUGCUCGGAACGGUCUUCUCCUUUGUCCACAGUGAUGUCCAUGAAAAGAUUGGCAUUCUCAGACAUCACCUCAAGACAACUGGUGAUGUUUAUUCAACGGUGCAGGCGAUGAUGAAGUAUGAGAUGGAUAACAAUCUCACGGCGGCGAAGACAUCUCCGCUUAGCGGUUCUCGGACAUUGCUUCGCCUGCAUCGAGCCUUAGCGUUUAUCAUUCAAUUUCUGGGCAAGGUUGACUCACUGAACCCUGGCGAUGGGACGUCUGGCAUUGCCCGUGAAGCCUAUGGUGCCACGCUGGCUAAUCACCAUACGUUUCUUGUGCGCCAAAUGGCCAGCGCCGCUAUGCUGACCUUGCCGUACCGUGAUCCUCUCAUUGUCAAGCUGUUUGGUGAUGCCAGCGCCCUGCAGGAUCUACAGGAAUUUGUUCGUACCAUCACGCCAGUGUACGAUGCCGUCGAUGCCCUCUACACAAAGAAUGAUCUACAUCGUCUACCGUGAGUGAGCGAACAUAGUCUAGAGUAAGCGAGUCUGCACGCUUUUGCACUCACCAAAGGAAUUUCUCCCCAUUUUUUUUCAAAAGCACUAUUUUGAAGCACCCUUAUCCUUGAAACAAUGCUGGUCUUUGUUGGGUAAGAUGCUGACUUGCUAUGUUUGGCUCAUGUAUCUGUUUCAUAGUUGACGAACAGCACUAUCUUAUUUGUAGCCUCUAGCUGGCUUGUGUGACCAUUAUUUAGUCGACCAGCAUACUAGCCCCUUCUUCACAUUCUGGCCGCCACAGUGUGUGUGCGUGCUGCCCUCCUACUGACUCGCUCCACUACUCUAGUGCACAUCCGAAUGCUACUGCACUGAUGCACCAAGUGUCCGGCCGGCUAGCGCCGCGUUCUGACAGCUCAUACGUAUGUUUGGUAUGCAUCAUGUGGCUCGACUUCUUGUCAACCCUUCUCCUCUGUUUUAUCGAUCUGUCAUGUCCCUCAACCUUUUCUGUGCUUCUAUGCGAAUUUUACUCCCGCGUACUGCUUUAUAUUCAUUUCCCCUCUUUACACAGCCGAGUGCAGAUUUCUCUGGCAUUUAUUUAUUUCUCUAUCUUCCCAGAUAUUCUUUAAUUCUUAUACGAGGGUUGUAUUAUUCUUCAUUAUUUCUUAUUUUACAACUUAGGUCAA